CACUGGCUCUAGAACCCUAGAGCCGCCGCCAUGGCCACGCCCGACCCCGCCUCCGCCUCCACCAAGAAGCGUUCCAAGAAGCGCAAGGCCGCCGACGGCGAGGCCAAUUCCUCAAAAACCCUAGAGCCGCCACCAGAGGCGGACCUCCAAACCCCAGCCACGCCCGCCACCGCCUCCGCGUCCGCCAAGAAGAAACACUCCAAGAAACGCAAGGCCACCGAGGCCUCCACCGACGCCUCCACCGAGGCCGCCGGCGACGCCUCCACCGAGGCCGCCGGCGACGCCUCCACCGAGGCCGCCGGCGACGCCUCCACCGAGGCCGCCGCCGACGCCUCCACCAAGGCCGCCGUCGACGCCUCCCUCAACGUCACCGUCGAUGCCUCCCUCACAGGCGGCCGAACCGCAGCCGCCCCCGCCCCCGCGGUCGCUUACUUCCCCACCGGCUACGACCCCCUCGCCGCCGCCGCCGUCGCCGCAGAGGAAGACGAGUCGGCCCCCAACGCGCGGCUCUUCCGGCACGAGAAGCACCCCACUUGGGUCGACCUCGUGGUCGGGAGCUCUGGCGGAGGCCCCGACUUCGUCGGCCGGAGCUAUGCCGGUGAGGCAGCCACGCCGCAGCUCUGUGAGUACGCACUUGGAGUCCUCGAUAAGGCCUCCGGUACCCUCAGGGUCGUCCCCAUAGCCGCCAACAAGAUUCUGAGGCUUGAGCCACAUCUUGAAGUGCAGCAGCCAGCACAUUCGCAGCACUCUGAGGUGGCAUCAGAAGCAGGUUCAGUUGCAGGAAAUGAUGAAUUGAAGGUUCAAGAUCUUACCAUGAUGUAUGGAACCAAGACAGACAGGGACAAGGAUAACAAGUGGAGGUCAUUAAAUGAACAAAGGAAUGAUCCUUCUGCUUAUGAGGACAUUGACCUUGGAACCAGUAACGUCCACACCAAUGACAACCAGGAACCAGUAAUUGUUCGGAACAUUCCACCUUAUGAUCCUACAGCAGAUACAUCAGAAAAGGCAUAUCUUUUGGAUGAGAUUAUUCCAAAGAAUAUGCGGCAGCACCUUUUGGAAAUUGUGGACCAUUUUGAAUCAGGACAAAUUUCUUCAAAAGGCUACUCGAGUUUUGUCUCAAAUCGUGUGCAGAAGUUGCAGGAGCUUCAGGGUCAAGAUAAAGAGAGGCUUGCUUGGAUACUGUCCUACAUCCAACAUCUCCUAUCUUUAUAUGAACGGAAUGGUUGCAUGUCCAAGCAUCACAGGAAGCACAGAAAGGAAAACAAGGCAAACCAUGGACCAGGGACCCCGCUGGCUGUAUAUCGCAACCUGUUGCUGAUUUUUACAGAACCAGGGUCUAGUUCCAUGUCAUCGGAGAAAAAUGAACUUCUGAUUAACUACAUCUUGGUCCUGACACUCUUUGCUGAUGACUUCAGAUCCGAUCCUAAAGAUAUAUGUGCGGACCUGAAAAUGACCCGCCAGAUGCUUAAACCAUACUAUGACCAGUUGGGAUGCAAAUCUGUGUCCGCAGGUGCUUUCAAGUCCACUUUCAUGACGCUUCCAGCCCCUCUCAACUUUCCACAGGAUGUUACAAGGAGAAAGCGACGACGGUAAUCAUCAUAUGGAGAGACCAAUGGUUAUUUAUCUCAGAAAUGGCAUGAUUACUGAAUGUGAGUGAUUGGAUCCGCCCUGAGUUAUGAUACACUGCUAUCAAAGGCACGUUAAGCCUGUAGGUGCUUGGCCCAAUGUUGCAAUGUACUGAAAAUGACAAGCUGUUUCAAGUUUCAUUUUGUAUUCUGGUGUCCAUGGAUAUCGCUUUCAAGAAAGAAAACAUAUCUAUGUAUUGAUGGUUCUAUCUCUACCUGAGUACAUCCUAGUGCUAGUUCGAUGAAGGUAGACAAUAUGGAUUUGUUCGAUGGAGUACAGCACAAUUCCUCUGAUCUUGCAAGGAUAAAACUUUGUUCGUCCU